UGACUGGAAGAGCAUGGACCCUGAAAGUAAGAACAAAUAUAAAGCAAGACUGGACAAAUUCCAAAUAGAACUCUUCCUGUCAACUAUCGAUUCAACAAGUCUAUCAGUAAAUGAUCAAGACUUAAUCUCACUCUUUCCAUCCAAAAACUUAACCUUAGUUUAGAAUUGGGGCAUAAUUAGGGCACUGUACUACAAGUAACAGUCUUUGGAAGACCCGCAAUAUGAACACAACAGUGCAUAUGGCUGGACUGGAGCAAAGUAAAGGACUUUAACAAAAUAAAAUUAAGUUAAGUAGUAGUUGAUGUUGACUUUGAUUUAUUAGAAAAUUGAACAAUAUACAUCAAUUUUUAGUUGAUACUCUGACUACCACAAAAACAAAAAAGGUCAGUUUAACAACCAAUUUCCUUGUAUAUCAUCGGAAGCGAAGAAGAAGAAAGAUUCACCCUUUCACAGCUGACUAAGGUACGGGAAAAUGAAAGGAAAUAGUAAAGAAUUGUAAGUUGAUAACCUUGAAAGUAGAAAGAAACAAUUCUAGAAACACGCUGAGUAAAUAAGUAAUUAAUUAUGUACGAAAGCAAGAAACAACUAUCAUGUGGUUGGUGUACAUGUUGACCAUAUAUGGUCCAAGGAGGCCGCAAAUUGCUAUAACAGGACCAUUAAAACACUAGCUUUUCCCUGUAUACGUAACAAUCCUCUCUUUUUCCUUCUUUUACACUUAAAUUAUCAUCAUGAUUGACUCAUUAAUUUCUGCUGCGAAAGUCGGUGACAUAGACCUGCUCUACAAACUAAUUCAGAUGCAACCAUAUGUGUUGGAGCACACAGAUUUCAUGCCAUUUGUUGAUACUCCUUUGCAUGUUGCAGCCGCAGCUGGGCAUGCAAGUUUCGCCACUGAGAUCAUGAGACUCAAGCCUUCAUCUGUAUGGAAGCUGAAUCAAUGUGGCCUUAGCCCCAUGCACCUUGCCUUGCAGAACAAGCAUUACAGAAUGGUGUGUCGCUUUGUGAACAUCAACAAGGACCUUGUUAGAGUCAAAGGGAGGGAAGGUCUCACUCCUUUGCAUAUUGCUACUCAAACUGGGAGAACUGAUCUUGUGGCUAAGUUCUUGUCGGCUUGCCCUGGUUCCAUUGAAGAUGUGACCGUCCGAAGUGAGACUGCGUUACACAUUGCUGUGAAAUAUGAUCAGUUUAAGGCCUUGGAGGUCUUGGUUGGAUGGCUUCAGAGAAAUUGCCAAAGACUUGCUGAGGACCGGGAAAAAAGGGUUUUAAAUUGGCAAGAUGAAGCAGGCAACACCGCUCUCCAUCUUUCAGUUCUCAAAGGCUUCCCACAGGCAGUUAGGUUGUUGAUAGACCGCAACAUAGACAAAAAAGUCAAGAACUUUGAGGACUCAACAGCGUUGGACAUAGUGGAGAUCAAUCAAACUCAGGCUCACUGUGCAUUGAUCAGAAAUGAGUUGGUUAGAGGAGGAGCUUUACGUGGGUUUUCACUAGCCAAUGUUCCACUCCUAGAAGAAGAGCUAAGAGCAAAAAUCACAUUCAAUGAGCGAAUACCAAUCUAUGUUACUCGUCUCAGAAAGCGAAUAUCAAACGAUACACGCAAUGCUUUGUUGGUGAUUGCUAUUCUCUUCGUAACGAGCACGUACGAAGAAGCACUUAGCCCCCCCGGUGGAGUUUACCAAGGUGAGGCUAUGGUGAUGAAAAUGCAAACGUUCUUCUGGUUUUGGUCCUUCAAUGCAUGGUCCUUUUAUCUAUCAAUUUUGAUGAUAUGUUUGUUAAUGCCACGAGGGCGCAUCAGCCUUAUAGUUACUUUCUCACUUUCUAUCUUUUUUGGGUGCUACGUGUUCUCCAAGAUGGUUAUAUCACCCAGCCUCAAGUUAAACACUGCCACUGCGGUUAUGCCAUGCAUAUUUAUCGUCUUCUACAGUUGGGGAAGUUCGAUAUACAUUAGGUUAGCCAAAAAACUUAAAAUGUACGGUUAUAGACAAAAAGACGCGUUGAAGUUUUCCAGAGGAAAUAGAUGGUAAUAAUGACGUAAUUAAA